UGAAGGUCGCGUCUUGCAUCUCGCAAGUUUUGAUGUGCAGCAGACACUUUCGAGAGUAUUUUGAGACUGUCUAUUCAUAACAAAUAUCUCUCUUUCUAAUAUUAUAAUAUUUCCAGAAUAUAAUUACACGUGACUUAACCCGAGACAGUGAAUGAUCGUCAGGAGAUCCUUGGUUUUUCGUCUCCUUGAAGAUUCGGUCUAAGCCAGCAACAUGGCUUGCCGAUUAUUACGUGCAUAUGAAACUGUUGUAAAAACCGCACUGCAGGUCCGCAUGUUUAAUCAUGGAUUGGAAUUACCAAAACGAUGUCUGGCUACGUCGAUGUCCGAAAGUCUUCUGAAAACACAAUCCCCUCUGACCUGUACUGUUCGGUACACAAACUUCUUCAAUAAACGACCUGGUGAAACACUAUGGAAGGCUGUUAUGAGUGUCAGUAACGCUGGUAGAAAACGAGGUAGAGGAAAGGGAAAAAGGAUGAAUAAGAAUUUGAACAGAGGUCAAAUAAUUGGUUUCGGACAAGCUAAUAUAAUAUGGCCAGGUCUGACCUCACCGGUAUUGCGUGGAAAAGAACUUGUUCAGCAAGAGAAACUUCCUGAAGACCCGGAUCGUAUGGCAAAACUAAUAAGAUUACGCGACACCCAGACUGGUCGCAGAUCCCUCAAACUUCAUCCCCUAGAUAGAGGAUGGACAGGGAACAAGUUACCGGGAAGAAGCGUAGGACCUCCUGACCCUAGAGGGGAAGAAACCUUUGAAGGAUUUGACUCAAGGUGCUUAGAAUCAAAGGCUGUUUUCAACAUGACCGGUAACAUGGGUCGAAAAAGGAAAAUGAGUAUAUUUGUUAUAACUGGUAAUGGAAACGGAUUGGCUGGCUUUGGACUUGGCAAGGCCAUAGAUUCCGUUGCAGCCCUCAGAAAUGCUAAAACUCGAGCUGGUCAGAGGCUCUUGCAUAUUGAAAUUUAUAACAAUCAUACAGUGUUUCACGACUUUUACACACAAUUUGGGAGGACGAAAAUUUUCGUUCAGAAGAAGCAUCCAGGCUACGGUUUGGAGUGUCAUAGGGCAAUUAAAACUUGUUGCCAAGUAAUUGGGAUAAAAGAUUUACAUGCCAAAGUCGAGGGAUCGACCAACGUGCAACACAUCGUCAAAGCCUUUUUCAUUGGGCUGCUCAAACAGAAAACCCAUCUUCAACUAGCCGAAGAGAAAAAAUUGCAUUUAGUUGAAUUUCGAAAAGAAACCGGAGAAUUUCCACAUGUUGUAGCUUCGCCAUCGGUCGUUAGGAAACCAGAAGAAAUAAGUAACAGUGAAAUUCUGGAUUUUAAACAAUAUGUGAUGGAAAAUCGUGUUGUUUUGCGGAAAAAAAAAUUUCCUCCGUUUUACACAAAACUGAAGUCAUGGGAAAUUCGGCUCAGGCGUCAGGAAUACCUCAGGAAUCAAGACAAAGUGAGAAUUCGUUUGCUGGCUAAUCACGGCGAGCUCAAAAGUUUCUUAACCGAUAAAUAUCCUGAAGCAAGACCCUAUAAACGACCAUUAGCAGAAAGUGAGGCUGAAGCUCAAUAAAGAAUCGCUAACUAUUAAAUCCAUUGUAUACGCAUUGUGUACUGUUAAUUUGUAAAUAAAUCACAUGGAUCGGUAUAGCUUCA